CUCAGGUGUUACUAUUUUUAGAUUAUUAACUGCAAAUAACUGUACCGCCAUUUUGUUAACAAACUUAAACUCGGUCAAAACACAGUGAUGAAAGAAUGUGGAAAACAAUUUAUCUGUGUUUUGCUUUAUUAAUAGCAAAUAUUAGUGGUAAACUGUAUGACUGUCCAAGUGAAUGGGAUGUAUAUAAUGGAUUCUGUUACAAAUUUGUAGGCUACCCAAGAAGUAGUUAUCAACAAGCAAACACAGCUUGCAUGGAAGAUGGAGCUGCUUUAGUUAGUAUAGGUUCAGCUGAAGAACAUCGGUUUAUUAUUAACUGGUUAGAACUAAAUGAUCAAAGAAGAGAUUCAUGGUUUACGAGUGGUGGUUUGAGUUCAACUGUUUCUGGUGGUAUCCAGUGGAAUGGAGAUGGAACUUUUUCUCAGGGACUCAGCUUCUGGUUAAAUGGUACAGAUCCAAGUAAUAAUCGAGAUGGAAAUAAACUGGUUUAUAAAUUUUCAGGUACCGAAUAUGCCUGGAGUACAGAACCUCCAACUUCUGUUUUAUCAUUUAUUUGUGAAAUCAGUCAAGUAGAAGCUUAUCGUAUUAUUGAAGAUAACAGAGAUUUUGAUUAUGGUUUGGAUAUUAUUGAUCCAAAUUUAGUUCCUAGAGGUCCAGACUUUCUUAUUGAACCUGCCGAUACAGUUAUUUUGGGGAAAACAACAUCUAUGUAUUUAGAUUGUGUAGCAACUGGAAUGCCGCUUCCAAAGUAUACUUGGCACAAAAUAAACUCAACUGGAAAAAUAUUGGUGUCCUAUGAAGCUGACAAGCGUUACACACUUACAAAUGGUCGUUUAUCGAUAGCAAAUCCAUCAUCUGUUGAUGAAAGUGAUUACCAAUGUUUAGCUGAAAAUUCACAAGGAAUGGCUCUCAGUCAACGAGUAAAAUUAUCUUUUGGAACUUUGGGAGAGUUUUCUAAUGUAGAAACCGAUCAAAUAACAAGCUACCAGCAUGAUGGAACACAAAUGCAAUGCCCUUCUAUAACCUUUAAACCUGCUAUUGUAUACCAGUGGUACAAGGAUUAUGUUCCGAAUUUUGUUCGACCUUCAUUACAAAAGCAUAUUUUCAUUUCGGAUAAUGGAAAGAUGUACUUUUCUGAGGUAACAACAGAAGAUGCUGGUAGAUACCAUUGCAUGGUAACCCUGGCAACUACAGGUGUCCUUGGAAACUAUAUUGGUGCUUAUCAAGCCCCCAGUCGUGCAAGUUUGGGCUUCAAUCUUGUGGUGAAAUCUCAAGCUGCUGGAAAUUUCCAACCCCAGAUUCAAGAUGAUUUCAUAUCAGUUUUUCCUGGAAAUCCUAAAAGAGGACAGUCUAUUUCAUUAGAGUGUUUUGCCUUUGGAACGGGUCCCUUGUUCUAUACAUGGGAAAGAAUAGGUAUUGACAUGCCAAAAGGGGUGACUUUUGGUGAUCAUAAUCGUAAGUUGUUGAUUCCAAAUGUGCAGUUAGAAGAUCAAGGUAUUUAUAGGUGUCGUGUCUACAGUUCAAAAACACAAUUAUCAGACACAGAAGAUUACACACUACGUAUAGAGUCAAAGCCGUAUUUCACGUUUCCACUAAAGCAUCAGCAUGUUGACAUGAAUGACAGAUUAACUUGGCAUUGUGAUGCUGGGGCUAGUCCUAUGCCUACCUAUCGCUGGUAUAAAAAUGGGGUUCCGGUUACAAAUCAGACUGGUGUUAUAACUGCUAACAGAAAUACACUCAGAAUAGAGAACCUGCAGAAAGAACAUGCUGGAAUUUACCAGUGUGCAGCAACUAAUGUUUAUGGAACUGUUUUCAGUACUGCACAACUACGAGUUUUAGAGUUCAAGCCAUCAUUCAAGAAAUAUCCAUUGGAACAACGUGUGGCUGCUACAAAUGGGGGUAAUGUUACUUAUGUUUGUAAUCCGGAAGCUGCACCUACUCCUGUCUAUAAAUGGUUGAAAAAUGGCCGUGAUCUGGGCCUGACUCCAGGAACAAUAUCUGGUAAUAUGCGUAUGCUGAUGAAUGGAAAUCUAUAUAUUGAGGGUGUACGACAAGCUGAUCAGGGCACAUAUACAUGUGAAGUGGAGAAUGCUUUAGGAAAAGCUUCAAGUUCUGGUCAACUUACAGUUGUUGAGGAAACAAGAAUAACUAGAAAUCCCAGUCCUGAAAGAGUUAUUAUUAACUCAACUGCUACUAUGAUAUGUGAAGGCUCAUAUAAUCCAAAAAUGGACAUGGUUUACAAUUGGUUGUUUAAUAAAUAUCCAAUUGAUUUUGAAGAUAGUCCCCACUACAGAAUGGGUAGUGGCGUAACACAAGGUUAUCUUUAUAUAUUAGGUGCUCAGUUUACACAUGCUGGAUCCUAUACAUGUCAAGUUUCAACAGGCCUUGAUCAACAAUCUGCCUCUGCUAUUCUCACGGUUUUAGGUCCACCAGGAGAACCAGCUGGUUUGUUUAGAGAUGUUUCAAAUCUAGCUCAACCACGUACAGUCAGGUUAUUAUGGACAGACGGUUCUACUAAUGGAGCAGAAAUCUUGUACUAUGUUAUAGAAUUCAGCACAAACUUUGAUACAAAGUGGAGAGUCUUAUUGGAUAGAUUAUAUGUGGGCGAUGCUAUUUCUGCUAGAUACACCUCCAAAAAAGUUGCGACAUUGAAUAAUCUGAAGCCAGGAGCUGGUUAUCUAUUCCGUGUACGAGCUAUGAAUAGAUAUGGAUUAGGGGCUCCAAGUCAACCAUCAGCUGUUAUUCAAAUUCCAAGUGAUAUUCCUAAGAAAGCACCAGAUAAUGUUGGAGGUGGUGGGGGUAAAGUCGGAGAUCUACGAAUAUCCUGGACUCCAAUGAAUAAGGAAGAUUUAAAUGGAGAGAACUUAGGUUAUACUGUGUACUGGAGAAAAAAACCAACCCAAUCAUCAGAAUCAAAAUGGGAAGAGCGACAAAUAUCUGGAGCUGAAAAAGGAGAAUUCUUUUAUACUGUUGGGGAUGAGAAUUUUUACUUAGAUUAUGAAGUGCGUGUGAGAGCCUUCAAUGAAAUAGGUGCAGGCAAUCUAUCAGACAUUGUUACUAUAAAAUCUGCAGAAGCCUUACCAACUGGAACUCCUAGAAGUGUAUUCUCUGAUAGUUAUAAUAGUACAUCUUUAAUGGUGUAUUGGAAACCAGUAACAGACACCAGAGCAGAAAUGAAGGGGAAGCUCAUUGGUUACAAGAUCAAUUAUUGGAGAAAAGAUAUAGAUAUUGAGACCGGAGCUCCACAGAACAUUUUAUCUGGACAAAUUGAUCAUGGUUUGAUAAUAGGUCUAGAAGCGGAUACAUGGUACACAGUUAAUGUACAGGUUUAUAAUGGAGCUGGUAACGGACCCAAGAGUGAACUUUACCAUCAAAGUACCGACAGACCUGCUCCACAGCUUUACCCGACAGAAAUAUAUGUAAAUUCUCAUUCAGAAGAUUCAGUUCGUGUCUCAUUCCGAGGUGUUAGCACACAGAGUUUUGAGGAACCUCUUCAAGGAUACAAGGUUCAAUAUUGGAGAACAGGAGAAAAUAUACGAAGUGCUCUACAUGUUGAUUGUGAGAAGCAAAACAAUGCCAUAGUUCCUGAUUUAGAGAGGGGUGUGGUGUACCAGUUACGUGUAUUUGGAUACAGUCAGGGAGGACAGGGAAAGAUGAGUUCACCAGCCACAUAUUUUACUCUUGGUGGUGAAGUACGUGUAGAUCCAAGUUCAACUGAAAUCUUAGCUGGCUCAUCUGCUAUUUCUCCGGUUGUUAUGGUGAUGUUGAUAUGUUCAGUAUUGGCCUUGUUAUUUCAAUCAUGAAAUACUGAUUUGUAAUAAGUCUUUAUACCUCUGCACAUUAUAACAAUUAGCUAUUAUAGUCAUUUCACAAAGCAUACGCAACUAGAAUAAUGAAUAAAACUUUUAGCCCAGUCUUGUACAUCUGUCUCAAUCUGUCAGAUCCUUUUUCAGUUUUUAUGUGUGGUUGGCAAUAAUCUAAGAAUUUCAUGCUUUCUCCAACUGCCCACAUUGCCAUUGAAUAAUGGAAUUCAUCAUGCAAUCAUUUUUAAAUGGCUCAGUAUUUUGAGCUGAAUCAAGGUAAAUAUAUACUAUUUCUUCUCAUUUUUGUAUUUGAUCUGCAUACUUUAUCAUUGGAUAUCCUCAGAAAUUCAGGUCUUCUCCUUUACCACCAAAUUACAAGGGUAUGCCUAUGCUUUGUGAAAUGAAGACCACAACCAUCUACCAUAUUCAUGAACUAAACAUUUUCUUUUGUACAUAUUUUAAUUUUUUUUAUGAAGAUAUAAUAUAGCCUAUAGUAUUUUGAUCAAGCAUAAGUUACAGGAUAAAAAACAGUACACUAAGAAAUAAAAACAAAUUAACAUCUGACAAUUUGUUUAUCAGAAUAAUUUGUUUUGAAUUUUUCGUGAUCCUUAGUUUUCAUUAAGUGCUAAACAAUGAUCUAGGCAGUAAAUAUUUGAUAGAGAAUUAUAUUCCAAGAGAGGGUUUUUAUUUGAUUAUCAAUUUCUAUUUUUAUAUCAAUAAAUGAUUGUAAAUAAUUUUUUAUCAUUUUUAUUCAUGAAAUAUAUAAGUUUAUACAUUACUUAUCCAUGUUGAAUUCAUGUUUAGCAUUACAUAUCUUAAAAGGGAAACAUUCAUUUUAUAAAGAAUGUGCACCCUUUUUUUAUCAGUAAGCCUAAGCCAGCUUGAUUUAUUACUCCUUUGUAGAUGCUUGCUUCCCCCCAGUAGUAUAAUGAUUUUUUUAAUAGUCCCUUUUUGUUUUUAAAACUGGAUCGUAGAUUUCCACAUUUUUAUUUUAUGUAUAUAUUUCUUUUACAAAUUCUUUACAGUUUUAGAAUUUUUGCCUAUUGUCCAUGUUUUAUAUAUGUAUAUAUGUCUCUUUAGUUGCCAUAAGUUAUAUAUACACUUUAACAAAUAUUUUUAUUAAUUGGAUCAAAUUUAGAAAACAGUUAUUGUCUUUAAUAAUAAUUCACUUGUGUUGUUUUUACAAUAUAAGCCAACAUUCAGAAAUCUAUGAAUUGAUAUUUUAAAAUUGUGUCUAUACACUGACAAUCAAAUGUUCCAUAGACAUAUAAUCAAUAUACAUUUCAUGAGACAUGUCCACCCCCCCCCCCCCUCACCCCCCCAUAAAAAAAUAUUAUUUUAACUAAAGAUUCCAAAAUAACUAUCUCAACAUUCUUAUAUAAUUAUCUAGUUAUUCUUAUCAAAUGCAAUCUAUAAAUUUUACAAUUGAAAGAUUUUGAGAUCACAAUAUGAACAUCUGGGUGCCCUUUAAACUCAAUAUCUUAAAAUGUUUGAGACCCUGCAUUCAAGAGGCAACAACCCACGACUUUUAAAUCACUAUUUUUUGUACUUAUUGCCAGUAAUUUACCUGACAAAGAUACAUUCCUGAAUUGUGGAAAAUUACAUUCAAUCCAACAUUAUUAAAAUUUUGAUGUUCUUAUAGGUGUGGUGGCAUCACCAGUUUAUUAAGUCAGUCAUUCUAUGGAUUUAUCUAUGAAUAUCUUAAAUUAUCUUUAAAUAUAAUUAUACUCCUGAUAUUAUGAGAUUUAACUUUAUUCAUUGUUUUUCUUGGCCAUAAGACUCUGAACCAGGUAGAACUUAAAGCGACAAUUUCAUAUUUUCUAAGAAAGUCAAAACAUAAUUAUUUCUAUGUCUUUGGCUCAAUAGGUUAUCAACUCACUAUUAUACGACCAUGGGCAUUAUUUCCCACCCUUAAAAAUCAUUGACACAGGAAAUAAUAAAACAAUUACCUCCCUUGUUUUCCUAUUGCCUCCAUGCAUUAGCUACCUUCAAACGUUGGAAUUUGAAGUUGAAAAUGAUAUUUUUGCCAAUUUCUCAGCUGGCAAUAGUGAAUUAUAGGAUUAAUAGGAUUAUUCGCUAACAUGGUAGGACGGUUUAUGGAUACCAUCUAUUUUAAGGCUUUAUUUUAAUAAAUUUUAAAAAUAUAACUUAAAAAUAUGAAAUUGUAGCUUUAAAAGAACAUAUUAAGUAAACUUUUUAUACUCCUUCAGUGGAAUCUCACCAUUAUUUCAUAUACCCGGUAUAUUUAAGAUAGGUAUUUUUAUUCUCUGUGUUUGAGCAUAGUUUAGGUUGUUUGAUAAGCAUAAUUUAAGUAUAAAUUGUUGUUAUACUUUUAUGCACAAGUCAUUCAGAAUGGAAAGGAAGAAUAAAUUCACUAUUGUGUCUAUGUUCUGUGAUAAAAUAAAUACAUUAUGUAUGAUUAUAUUAUAUUCUUUCCUAUUCAAAUUAAGGAUAUCACAUUCCAAGGAUUAAACAUUAAUCUUACUGCUCUCUCAUUUCAGAAUGGUUUCUCAAUAUAAUCCCAGUAAAUAAUAUAUACCUUACUUGGGAUCAUUUUUAUGUGUUUUUUCUGUAGAUUCUGUUGGUUUUUUUUUUACCUUUUAUGAUUGCAAUUUAUAUGGUACAUAAUGUAGGUGUUAUUCUGUUGAGAUGUUUUAUACUUAAAAUAAAUCUACCAUAUGAUAUAGUAAAUAUUUUUCAAAACAACAAACUUUAUGUCAUGUUAUCUAUAUUUUAUGUUGCCUGGUACUUCAAGACAUUGUAGUGUGAAAUAAGAUUCACAACAAACUAACUAAGAGUCUUAUUUGUGUGUAAAUUGUUAAUUACAUGCUUGAUUGUGGAUAAGUAGCAAAGUGCACGUGUUUGUAUUGAAUUGCAGUGAGUGUCAUCAGUUGACAUCAGCUAUGAUCGUUUGUUAAGACAAGUGCCAGUGGGUUGUGACAAUGUGGCGUGAUCACUUAGUUCUGCAGUUUACAAUAAUAUCGGCGAUGAUGAAAAUUGUGAUCUUCACACUGUGUUUGGUUUUAGUUGCUGAGGGGGCGGUUGAUUUAAAGUCAAUAUUUGGUAACACAGAUAAAGGGACCUGCACCCCAGCAUGUGGCGAUGGCGAAUGCUGUGUCAGUUUUUAUCCACCAAUUACAAGUCGUCGACAGAUCAACAUUGACACCUCCAAGUUCUUACCUAGCCAUCUUUACCCUGGAAAAGUUCACAUGUGCCAGACAAUUAAACAAUCUGGCGAUAAAUGUUUAACCCGCAAUACUGGAGAAUGGUGUGAUUGUCUGGAGGGGUUAUCAUGUGCCCCAAAGGGUACUACCGGUCUGGAUCGAUAUUUUGGAACCUGCACCACGGCAUAAAAAAUUUUGUUAUUAUUCAUUUCUCUGAAUUUGAAUAAACGUCAUCUGACAUAAA